AUGUUAUCAUCAUCAUUACAAGCAUCUUCAUCAACAAUAAUUGAUGAUCGAGUUUUAAGAGCUUAUUUAAUUCAUAAUGCAGCUUGGAAUUUAGAAGAAAAUGGACAUAUCGAUCAUUUUAAUUUGUCAUCAAGUGGUCAUGGUGAAAAAUUUCUUAAUAGUAGUGUGCAUUUUCCAGCUGAAAUGAGAUCAGCAAAUCUUAAUCAAAUGGUAUCUAGUAUUGUUGAUGAAAAUAGUGAAUAUCAAGAAUCUGAGAUGAUGCCAACAUUUUUUCAACAUCAAACACCAUGGAUUAAUAGUGAACAAACAGAUCAACAAAUGCAUUAUGUACAACAAAUCAAAAACAUUUCAUCACAACAAUUGAAACAAAAUUUAUCAGCAUUUUCUGAAAGUGGCCAUCCACGUAAUAUUCCUGAUUUAUGUUCUGUUCAUUAUAAUUCCCCAAAAGAUAUUCAAGUUCUUAUUCGUAAAGGUGAUCAUACUGGUAUAAAUUCUCUUAUAAGAAAUGUAUCAUUACAACAAUUUCGUCAGAUGAUUGGUUUACAACGUAGUUCAGGUUUUACGACAAUAAAUGAUCGAAAAAAUCGUAAUAAUAAUAAUAAUAAUAACAAUCUCAAUCAACAAUCCUCGUCAUCAUCAUCAUCAUCGUCAUCAAGUUCAACAUCGUCAUUACCACCAUCAAAUAUUCGUCUUAUCAAUGCAUUUAAACAAAAAGAAAAUAAACAAUUAAAUCAACAAUGGACACAAGAUACCAAUUCAAAUAAAAUUAUGUUACAACAACAAAUUUAUCCUAGAUCACAUUCAUCGAUGAUGACGAUUCCAUCUCAUGAUACAAUGUCAAUGCCAUCAACAAUAAGUAAUUCUAAUUUAACAUCACCAGUGACAACAUGCCAAGAAAUUAGACGAACUGGUGUAGCAAAUACAUUACAUAUUGCUAUUGAAAAAUGCUAUGAACAACUGAAUUACAUUCGAGAUAGUUAUUCAGAAACUGAAUCAAAACUUGGUAUUCAAAUUUUACAUAAAUCUUCGCCAUCAUCUAUUAAUGAUAUAACAAAUACAAACUUUUUAAGUCUUUCAAAUAAUCCAUCACGUGUUGAUCGUUUAAUUGUUGAAUAUCAUUAUGAAUAUAAUCGAAUCAUUCGUCUACAUGAACGAAUUAAAGAAUGUUUAAGUGUUCAAGAUAUUGAAGCAACACGAGAAACUCUUGAUGAAUGGCUUAAUGCAAUUAAUAUAGUUCAAGAUCGACGUCGACAAGAAAUUGAUAAUGCAACUGAAAAAUGUCGUUCCGGUGAACCACGUUUACCUGAUGAAAAAGAUGUUUUACAAUUAGCUGAAGCAUUACGUAUUUUACGCAUAACUACACGAAAAAUUCGAACUGUACUUUGGUAUUGGUUAUAUUGGUCAAUAAAUUCAACAACAAAUAAGAAUCCCUUAAUUGCUCGUCAUCAAAAUGAAUCAAAACAAAAUUCAUUAUAUGACGGAGCUUAUUCAGCAAUAAAUGAUGAAAAGAAUGACAAUUUAUUUUAUAAUGAAUUAUUUGAUAUACCUGAAUCAGAUGAACAACGAAUAAUUUCAUUGAAGAAAAAUCCAAUAUUAUUAAAUGAAAAUAAUAAAGAAAAUCAAUGUAACAAAUGA